AUGCCUAAGGAACGGACAGUUUCCGACUAUUGCGCAUGUUGCAUAUUUUUUCCUCCUCCGAUUCUCGCGCAUGUGCUUAGUAGCCGACAGGCUUUGUAGUACCGCAAAAUGUUGGAGAAACUCAGCGGGCCAGGCGGCAUUUAUAGAAGAGAGUACAGUCAACGAUUCAAUCCGAGACCCUUCUUCAGAACUGGAGAUAAAAAUGAAGAGUCGGAGUUGGAAAUGACAAAGAAUUUAUGCGCAGGUAUCUCAUACAGAACAAGAUUUCAGGAGAUGAAGAAGUAUCUCAUCCCAGCUGGAAAAGUGCUUUGUGUCUGAAGUGAAGUUCUAACUCUGAAAUCUACUGGAAAUGAAGUGCUGAGAACACUCCAGUGUUUGAUGCCAAGAGACUUUCUCAGUGUGAGAUUCUGCCACUCAGCAAGCCACAGAAACAUCUGUGAGUUUACAGAGUGGAGAUGCCAAUCACUUGUUCUGUGUGUGGGACAGGAUCUACUCAAUGACUCAACAUGAAGAUACAUCAGCAAGUUCACACCACAGUGAGAUGCUCCACCGGUUCUGUCUGAAUUAAGUGAUUUAUUUUGUUGUCCAUACUGACGAUACAUCAGAAAAUGCACAUCAGUGAGAGGCUGUACACUUGCUAGGAAGAGAUAUACUAAUUCAGCCAACCCUGACACACAACAGUGAGUUCACAAGGAACAGGGUCUUCAAUGGAAAGAGAUCCCCUUGGUCAUGUGACCUGCCUAGACACGAGUGUGUUCACACUGGUGAGAGGCUGGUCAACUGUUCAGACUGUAGGGAGGGAUUGACUUUGUCAUCGGAUCUAUUAGCAUACCUGUCAGUUCACACUGGCAAGAUGUUCAUCUGCUCAGAUUGUGGGAAGAGGUUCAAUCGAUCAUCUACCCUACUGGUACACCAGCGAGUUCAUACUGGGGAGAGGCCAUUCAUCUGUUCAGUGUGUGCAAAGGGAUUCACUCAGUUAUCUUCCCUACAGGCACACCAGCGAGUUCACACUGGGGAGAGGCCAUUCACCUGUUCAGUGUGUGGAACGGGAUUCACUCAAUUAUCUUCCCUGCAGACACACCAGCGAGUUCACACAGGGGAGAGGCCGUUCACUUGUUCAAACUGUGGGAAGAGAUUCACUCAAUUAUCUUCCCUACAGACACACCAGCGAGUUCACACUGGGGAGAGGCUGUUCAUCAGUUCAGUUUGUGUGAAGGGAUUCAGUCGAUCUCAUCACCUACAGGGACACCACCGAGUUAACGGUGGGAAGAGGCAAUUCCCCUGCUCAGUGUGUGGGAAAGGGUACAGUAACUCAUCUGCCCUGUUGGCACACCAGAGAGUUCACACUGGGGAGAGGCCAUUCACCUGUUCUGACUGUGGGAAGGGAUUCACUCAAUUAUCUUCCCUACAGGGACAUCAGCAAGUUAACACUGGGGAGAGGCUGUUCACCAGUUCAGUGUGUGAGAAGGGAUUCAGUCGAUCUUGUCACCUACAGGGUCAUCAGCGAGCUCAGACUGGGGAGAGGCCAUUCACCUGUUCCGUGUGUGGGAAGGGAUUCGGCCAGUCAUCUGCCCUAUUGGUUCACCAGCGUGUCCACACUGGGGAGAGGCCAUUCACAUGUUCAGACUGUGGGAAGGGAUUCACUCAGUCAUCUUCCCUUGAGGCACACCGACGAAUUCACACUGGGAUGAGGCCAUUCAGUUGUUCACUUUGUGAAAAGACAUUCACUCAAUUAUCUUCCCUACAGACACACCUGCGAGUUCACACUGGGGAGAAGCCAUUCCGUUGCUUAGACUGUGGAAAGGGAUUCUCUCAAUUAUCUUCCCUGCAGACACACCAGCGAGUUCACACUGGGGAAAGGCCAUUCACCGGUUCAGUGCGUGAGAAGGGAUUCUGUCGAUCACAUCACCUGCAGGGACACCAGCGAGUUCACACUGAGGAGAGGCCAUUCAUCUGCUCAGUGUGUGGGAAGGGAUUCUCUAGAUCAUCUGCUCUAUUGGUCCACCAGCGAGUUCACACUGGGGAGAGGCCAUUCACCUGUUCAGAUUGUGGGAAGGGAUUCACUCAAUUAUCUUCUCUCAAGGCUCAUCAACGAGUUCACACUGGGGAGAGGCCGUUCACCUGUUCAGACUGUGGGAAGGGAUUCACUCAGUUAUCUUCCCUACAGGCACACCAACGAGUUCACACUGGAGAGAGACCAUUCACCUGUUCAGUGUGUGGGAAGGGAUUCACUCAGUUAUCUUCCCUACAGGGACAUCAGCGAGUUCACACUGGGGAGAGGCUAUUCACAAGUUCAGUGUGUGAGAGAGGAUUCAGUCGAUCACGUCACCUACAGGGCCAUCAGCGAGUUCAGACUGGAGAGAGGCCAUUCACCUGCUCAGUGUGUGGGAAGGGAUUCAGUCAAUCAUCUGCACUGUUGGUACACCAUCGUGUCCAUACUGGGGAGAGGCCAUUCAUCUGUUCAGAUUGCGGGAAGGGAUUCACUCAGUCAUCUUCCCUAGAGGCACACCGGCGAAUUCACACUGGGGUGAGGCCAUUCAGCUGUUCAGUGUGUGGAAAGGGAUUCACUCAAAUAUCUUCCCUACAGACACACCAGCGAGUUCACACCGGGGAGAGGCCAUUCACCUGUUCAGUGUGCGGAAAGGGAUUCACUCAGUUAUCUUCCCUGCAAACACACCAUCGAGUUCACACUGGGGAGAGGCCAUUUACCUGUUCAGUUUGUGGAAAGGGAUUCACUCAAUUAUCUUCCCUGCAGACACACCAGCGAAUUCACACUGGGGAGAGGCCAUUCACUUGUUCAGACUGUGGGAAGGGAUUCACUCAAUUAUCUUCCCUACAGACACACCAGCGAGUUCACACUGGGGAGAGGCCGUUCACUUGUUUGGACUGUGGGAAGGGAUUCACUCAGUUAUCUUCCCUACAGACACAUUUGCGAGUUCACACUUGGGAGAGGGAGUUCACCUGUUUAGACUGUGGGAAGGAUUUCAAAUAAUUAAAUUCAAUACAGAUACACCAGUGAACUCUGGGUAGAGGGAGUUUACCUGUUUAGACUGUGGGAAGGGUUUCACUCAAUUACCUUCCCUUCAGACACACCUUAGAGUUCACAAAGGUACAUGGCCUUUCACCUGCUCAGUGUGCAGGAAGGGAAUCAUUCAGUCAUCUAAUCUGAAGGUACAUCAGCAAGUCCUCACAUAUGCAAGUAUAUAUCAAUUAGUAGAACCACAACCAGAGACAUACAUAGGUUUAAACCAGCCCCUUCAGUCCAUUUAAAUCUUCAAUUAGCACAACUAUGUUACGCUGCUCCCAGUAGACAUAUCGAAAACGUGGCCACUUGGCAAGUCCAAGAAUGGGAACCCACCACCAUGAAAAACAGCAGUUUGCAGCAGUAGAUGACAGACUCCCUCCAAUAGGGCCCCAGCUACCUUAAAAAGAAAGAUGAGGCAUUGGAAAAAAGUUGUUUUGCAGAUGUGCUCAGAGAAUCCAUCCUCUGGGACCAUCUUUAGUUGCACCUCCACUUCACUUGCCCCAUCAGCUGAUAGAUCCCACAUAUUGUGGACUCAGUUUCAGGGACUCUUCAUCACACAUCAAAAUAUUUAGUACUUUUUAAGACCAUAAAAGAUGGGAGCCAAAUUCGGCCAGUCAGCCUUUUGAGUCUGUACUGCUAUUUCAUCACGGCCGACCUAUUUUCCAUAUCAGCCCUAAUCUUCUGCCUUAUAUCCAAUAAAUUGAACUCCACAACUGCCUGUGGCAAGAAGUUUCAAUGAGUGCUGCUAAAAAAUCUCUGUUGGCCACAACAGAGCUUGUCUACUGCUGAGUGAAACCCUGUGAAGGCAGCUCAAACACGUUCUGGACUGCCCCCACAAUGACACCACAAUGCCCCCGGUGAAGCACAGAGGGUUUGUCUCCUCACUCUGAGUGGCUUGUAAGCAAGUGACACCAUGGCUUCAAGCCUAAUUGUCACUACAACCAAGGACUUGGCUCCCACUAUCCACUCCUGCUUGCAUCCAAUAAAUUAGUGAAUCAAAGUAGUACCAGAUUAACAAUGUCAGAAAAGUGACCAUGAUAUGCAUUCUUUCUCUCCCUUUCCCUCUUCCUCUCCUCUCCUCUCUCAUGACGAUGAGUGAGAUUUUCUGCCAACACUCAAGUCAGUAAGCUCGAAGUAAAAGUGGCGCUGCAGACUUAACAUUGAAACAGCAAGCUAUUGGUCUCACUCUCACUACGGCAGGAAUGAUAGCUUUCCCUCGUUAGUGACGGAGGGUCAUUGGGAUGGAGUCUAGAUCAUGGUCUCUUUGGGGGUUUCCUGUUGAUGAUAUUGGGUGAUUGAUGUUCUUUGGUGAAAUAAGGGGGAGGGGUGGGGGAGUGUAGAUGCUUUUGCUCUGCUUGUGAGUGGAAGGGGGAGAGGGUUUUCUUUUGUGGUCAUCUGCGGAGAGUUAAGAAUUUUAGGUUGUAUAUUGCACACAUCCCUCGCAUGCUUUCCAUCUGCUGGGUUGAGCAUCGAGCUAGCAACUCGGCCUCAUAAAAAUAAGAAAGCUUGCUAAAAAAAAACGUCAUCACGACGGCGUCCCAAUGACUCCACUCGGAGUUGAGGGCUUUCUUCUUUUCUUCAUUGCACACAUUCUCUGAUAUUGAAUGAAGCCAGUGAACUAUUAAAUGGAGUUAUCCUCUCUAGUUGAGGGAUAAUAACUGUUCCUGAA